UUCGUUCCCAGCCGGUCUCUCUGCGCCGCGUUACGCCAGCUCGUCCUGAGAGAGAGAAAACGUUGAACCAACCGUUUCACACUUUUCAGCGGCCUUCCCGACGGUGUGUCGGCUUUGAUCAUGACUUCAAUCGAGGCUCGACAUGCGUUUGGAGGGACAGAGAAUCCAGCCCCGAAAGGGAAGGCCGUCGGGGGUCCUAAGAGAGCUGUGUUUGGAGAGCUUACCAACUUUCCCGCUGCACCGGUCAACAACGCCAAGAAAAAUGUGCCGGCCAAAGUCGCGACCAGGUCUUCCCUCAAACAAAGAAACAAGCAGGCCGCGGUCCAGCUCGUGCGUCCUCCGAAAGCGGACGAACUUCCGGUCCCCUCCGUCCCAGAGGAGCCGGCCGACGUGUCUAUGAAAGAAGAGGAACUUUGCCAGGCCUUUUCUGACGCGCUCCUGGACGUGGAGGACAUCGACGAGAACGACGCGGAUAUGCCACAGCUGUGUUCUGAAUACGUCAAGGACAUCUACGUUUACCUACGGAGCCUAGAGGAACAGCAGGCUGUACGACCCAAAUACAUGCAAGGUUACGAAAUCACCGAGCGCAUGCGUGCCCUCCUCAUUGACUGGCUGAUUCAAGUUCACUCCAGGUUCCAGCUGUUGCAGGAGACCCUUUAUCUCACCGUUGCCGUGCUGGAUCGUUUCCUCCAGGUCCACCCGAUUUCACGACGGAAGCUGCAGCUGGUCGGCGUGACUGCCAUGCUUGUGGCUUCAAAAUAUGAGGAGAUGUACUGCCCGGAUGUUGGGGACUUUUCCUACAUCACAGACAACGCCUUCUCCAAGGCUCAGAUCCUGGAGAUGGAGCGAGUUAUUCUGCAGCAGCUCAACUUCGACCUGGGGCGCCCUCUGCCACUACACUUCCUGAGGAGGGCUUCAAAAGCGUCCAAUUGUAAUGUAGAGAAGCAUAUGCUCGCCAAGUAUCUGAUGGAGCUCACCCUCCUGGACUACGACAUGGUGCACUACCGACCCUCGGAGAUCGCUGCAGCCUCCCUGUACCUUGCCCAGUUGCUGCUUGAUGAACUGCCUUGGUCUUCCACACAGAGGCACUACACGACAUAUGACGAAAACCACCUGAAGCCGAUUGGGCAGCUCAUCGCGAAGAACGUUGUGAUCGUGAACGAGGGGAAAACCAAGUUCCAGGCUGUCAAGAGCAAGUAUUCGAGCAGCAAACUGAUGAAGAUCAGCCUCACUCCCCAGCUCAAGUCUUUUGUGGUGACCAACAUGGCUGCUCCCCUUCUCAAACCCUGAAAAUCCUUUUUUUUUUUUCUUUAUUUUUUAAAGGUUUUGUUUUUUUUUACCUGCACUUUAUUUUAGCAAGACCUUACUUUUUGCGGAAAUUGGUUUUUAAUAAAUCCUAUAUUCAAAUAUUGGUGUUUAGAGCCCAUCGACUUUCAAAUGUCAAUUUGAGAUUGGCAUUUCAAAUUUGAAACUAGUUCAUACGUCUGAAUUUAAGUUUGGUGGAUUUGCUGCAGGUGUCUCACAGGACCUGCAUAUUGCGUUUGACGUUUCGGCUGUCUGGGACGGUCCACUCUAUGGCUUGAUUUGGGUUUUUUUUUUUUUUUAAA